AUGCUCUAUUAUUCGGAGAACAUUUGCAAGACGACUGGAAUCUGUAACAAGUAAGUCACCUGACUCAGUUAGUGCCUGUUAUCCAUUUUCAGCAAAUACAUGCAUGUCAAGUACCAUGGUAGUGGUGGGAACACGAAGAAGAAGAAGAAGAAGAAAAACCAGAAGAAGGAGUACGAUUUUGUGCUCUACCUGAAUACUUGCACUCUUUUGAAUGACAAUACGAUUGUUUUUACAUUUUCGGUUUUAUUGCUUGUUUUCUGGUGAAUAAAUCAUGCGCCACGUGUCAUCAACUCAAUACUUGGGUUUAUGGUUCUUUGUGUGUUUCUAAUACAUAUUUUCACUUUGGCCACUUUUCCGAUCUUUUCCUUCAACAAACAAUCCAUAUUUCGCGCCCUAACCCAUACUCUUCUUCUUCUUCAACUCAAUUCCGCACUUUAUUUCGCGUGUCCUCUCGACCGCACACGACCGCCACGUCAUCAAGUUCGAACUCUGCCACUCGCCGAUUCGUCUGCAGUCAGUUCUUGUUGAACGUCAACAUUGGAUCAAUAUGCGAACACUCUUGCUGUUUGUCGCAUGUGUUCACUUCUUUGUCAUCGUGCUUACUCAGAGGGACGGUAAACUGUCGGAGGAAGAAAAUGCGAACGUUCAGGAUAUUUGUGGGCGGAGCCCGUGAGUUGGAUGAGAAGCGGACGGUUCAAUUGGUAAACAUUUCAGUGCGGGAGAGGGCAUAGUACGGAUGCAGUCGAAACUGUCCGACUUCACUACGAACAUUACGAGAGCGGUGGCGAUUUCUCCGAGACACGUGCUCGUCGGCAGAAGUCUCGGCGUCGACGACAAUUUUGAGUUGAGCGGAACGAAAUACGACAAGACCACUUGUGUCAACGGGUAGGUCCGGAACUCUCCCUUCUUCCUCUAUCAAUCUUUUCAGAAACAUGCCUCUUCUCCCCGGUAUCAAACUGUUUCUCGUCGACAAACCGGACAUAGCGGCCAAGAAAUCAGUUUACAUUGGCGACUGUGCGUCUUCUUUCGGAUUCAUUGUGGUUGAAAUCGAUCACGGAGCAAAACCCGUGUGCAUUCCAAGAUCACUGCCAAAUAUAGGCGACAAAGUCGAAAUGCAUUCCGGAGAAGAUGUCAACGCGGAUGUCACGAGUGGGAGUGUGACAGAGGUUGAUUAUCCUCUGCCUAUUUGCGUAAAAAGAGUUGUUUUCCAGAUCUUGAACCAAGUUCGGGAUAAAACAUACUUCACAACUUCACCAGAAGCACAUAAUGGAAAUGGCGUCGUCUUGGCAGUCAACAAUAAAGUGUCGAGUGCGAUUGGAAUCAUGUACACGAAAGGAGCGAACUCUCUGCGACAAUUGUCUGUCUACGGCUUUCGCAAGGAGAUUUGUGACUUCACAGGAUUAUGUGAAGUGUAAGUGUUUACUCAGAAAGGCUAUCAAGACCUCGGUCCAGGUCUUGAGUAGUUUUGUAUUAACUUAAAAUUAGUAAAAUAUGAACUUUUUAUGCAAUACUGUAAUCAAAUAUUCAGAACUGGGGCACUGUCGAAACAUGAGAAUGCAUUACGGAAGAAAAAUUGUGGCAAGAAACCGUGAGUUAAUAAGUGUUCAAAGUGUGAAUUUUUAGUUUUUUUUAGAGAUUCAUCGAGUGGUGUCUUCUUCGCCAGAUUCUCCUUGACUUCUAACACGUACGUACCGCUCAUUUCUUCCCGUCAUCUCAUUCGUGUUGCCGAUCCAUCUUCUGAUACAUUUGGAGACAAUGUAGUAAGCGGAAGAUCUGAGGAGUGCAAAGCCAAGAACAAGUGAGAAAAAAAUAAAAAUAAAAAUUUCACUCAUCCAUUCAGAAUUCUUUUGCUCGCCAACCCAUUAACUAAUGCUUUGAUCCGAAGUAUUCAUUACAUUGGAGACUGCGAUACACAGAAUGGAUUGUUCGUGAUAGAACUCGACAUUUCGAAGGAUACAAAGUACGAUGGUCCUUACGUGCCACUUUGCAUUCCAGGUACACUUUCGCAGAAAUGUAAAAGCACAGAGAAUAGCGAAUUGUAGACCGGAACCCGACAACCGAUGAGACUCUGCACUUCCAUGCGACUAACGAUCGGGGAUCCGAGUCGGACGCGACAGUAAUCGCCUGCUCCGGUCCGGAGCCAGAUGUGUGCGCCAAGCCGAAGAGCGGUGGGACCUUCGAGUUGGUGUCGGUCGAGAGAUGCGAUCCCGAUGGGAAGGACUGCCGGACCACGUUUGUCGGGUCGACAUUCGGGACGAGUGAGAACGAAUCUGGUCCCAAUCACUUUAUGACCAUUCCGUUCAGGCACCGCCGACCAGGCACAACACGCCAAGUCGCUACUGUUCUAUUCGAGGCAAAUCUGCAAAGUGACGGGGGUGUGCAACCACAGGAACCUGGGCGAGAGUGAGAUGAAAUUGAGCGACGACGAGAACAAACUUCUUGUGAAGACGUGCGGAAAGCGGCUAGCGAAAGAGUUGGUUCCCAUCGGUCCGUCCGUGGUCAAUCGAUAUUCACUGAUUUCAGUGAGAUCCCGCCGUGGCAGAGUGCUGUGAAGAUGACGAGCGCAUCGAAUCCAGCCGAGCACAGGAUACUGUCGGGGGUUGUGAUCAGCAAGCGUCACGUCAUCAUCCAUGCUCGCAGUCUGUUCGGAGAGACUGAUUGUGUGCCCAAGUGAGUGGAAAUCUACGAGGAACGAAUGGACGAUAUCUGUUCAGGCAGGAGCUCAAGCAGCGUCUGGAGACGGCGAUCGGCAAGGAAGAGUUCCUGGUGGCCACGAGUCCGUGCUACACGAACGACAGCUACACUUGCGAGUACGUCACUCCAAACCGGGUAAUACAGCCGAAAUUGAAGAACGUUUUUAUGCGACAUCUGACUUUUUAGGUGGACGUGAGUACCACUUGCAUCAACAAAAGAGCUCGUGGAUUUGUACUUGUCGAAUUGUACGUGGGAGAGGAGUUUAAAGGAUCGCCGAUCUGCAUGCCAGGUAGAAAAAAACCCGUUACUCUGCUCGUUCACUCGGAAUAAUUGCAGCUCCUUCAAUGGAUAUCUUCGGCAAAACGGACGUUUAUAAAGGACAACUGGACGCGGUGAAACCAUCGAGUCCUCCGUCCGUGCGGCCCACAGAGAAAGUUGGUCCCCCGACACACUUCCUGUUCACUUUCUCUCUUUCAGCUUCAUUCGUGCAAUGGGAACUCGUCGACUUCGUGCGUCUCGAGCCUCGAAUCUCGCGAGUACGGGGACUAUCUCGUGUCUGUGAUCGGCGACCAAUCGUUCUUCGCGUCGUUCCUCACCAAGGACGACGAGGCCGACAAGAUCUCGGACGGAACUUUCGACAUCUCCGUCCUCUCGGCUCUCCGCAACUUGCAGCUCAUCUGCGAUUUUGCCAACGUCUGCACCCUCGCCAAGUGAUCCUUUUCCUUUGGGAACUCCCCUUAUUCCUCACUUUUCAGUCACUCGUACCCUACCCUGGCUACACCCCCCGCCUCCACCGAAUGUCCCUGUGAAAACGACAUCGCCUAAAAAGACGCGACACCACGCGUGGUUAGUUGUACACAAAAUUACUGCACAAAGUUAUCGAUUCUUCGUGCGGCUCUCGGAUAAUUCUGUCUGAAAUUCGAUUCUGACCCUGAGAUUCGACAUUUUUGUGUUUUUAUGGACGGCCUCCGGAACGAAAUUAAAAAUCUUGAAUUUUUGCAAGUCUGGCAACCGGAGGAAUAGAAAACUCCUCCUGUCGUGUUCUUUUUUGAAAUUCAUUCAGAAUUUGGGACUUUGAAAACAUUUGAACUUCUUUUUCAAAAAAAAACGUAUAUUUUGUAAGGCAUGACACUUUUAAAUGAAAACUUCAGAUCGCUCCAGCAAGUACGACUGGGACGAGCCGAUGCCCGAAGACUUUCCUAGAGAAGGUAGGCAUUAGUAUUAGCACAAAAUCUGAAAAGUGUGUUGCCAGUGUACGGAAAGGCGCUGCUAGCCGGUUGGAUCGAGAACAUGACCCUCUUGCCGUCGAUCCUCAAUAUCUUGUACCUGGAACGAGGACUUGUCGAUGGCACAAUCAGCCCGCAGAACGUCACGAAUCAGAUGGUCGGCCACAACGUCGACUACGAAAUCAUCAAAAGUUACGGCUCGAAUCUAAUGUUGACCGGAUCCUGGGAGUAUCGGAACUUUCUGGCGCUGUUUGAGAAGCGGAAGCCGUGGUCCGGCAACGAGGAAGAGCGGAGAGCAUUCGAGCACGCAUUCGCCCUCGCGUACGAACUGAACGGCGAACUCGCGACGAUGGAGGCCGUCACCAGUGACGUCAUCGACGGGUUUCCUAGGUUCGUCGAAAAUCUGAACACAUCGUCCCCCGAUCGAUUCGCGAACUUCACGGACGAUGGGAGUGUGGGCGGACUGGUCGAGUGGCUGGCGGAGCUGCACGAACUGGCUCCCAAGGAUCAGCCGAUUCUGGAUCGGGUCGCCGUCGUCGAGUGGUUCGACAAGCAUAAGGGAAACACUGCCACCCUCUCGGCCGCUCAAACCUUCUCCAAAAAGUUCUUCGAGAACAACGCCAAGAAGGACUUUUCUCUGUUCCACAAAGACGCUCCUGGAAUCGUGCGCCGUGCUGUCGUCACCGUUCGCGAUGCGUACCAUAAACUUAGUGGAUUGCAGUUAUCAUUGGCCGAUGCCAAAAGUUACGAGACGGACGUGCAGAAUCUGGAAAUGAUGCUGAAAGACGGAGCCGCAUCGGACCUCCGAAACUUGCUCAACUACGCGAAACGAGGAAGAGACUCGUGCUCUGCGAUUCCUAGCCUACUCGAUGACGUCGGCAGAGUGAGCAAGCAGAAGAAUAACCAGUGGAUCCGCAGUCUAAUAAAAGGAAGACCGACGAAAAAGCUGUUCAAUGUGAUGGAGCCGUUCCUGCAGCAUCUCGAGUUCUUCAAACAGUUUGGCAAGGAGUUGGAUGAUGUUUGUGAAAGAGUCGAGAAGUACUACGACACCUUCGAACAUCUAUUCUUCUACAUGGACCGCAUCACGUUCAUCAACGAGACUCUGCCCGCCGGAGACGUGCUCGCCAAGUUUGAAGAUGUUCGGAAGUGUCUGGAAAUGCCGUUGCAGCCGGAGGACCUGAGAUACGAGGACAGCGCGUUGAGUUCUUGGAUUGACGACUUCAAGGAGAUCGAUAAGAUUAUCGACGGGCCGGCGAAAGUUUGCAAUUCACUGAGAAGAAUCGCGGACCCGAAAGUGACGGAAGCAUUUGCAAAUCCAAACACGCAUCACAUUGAGAAGACGGUCGCCGACUCCAUCUGGCACAUCGACUACGAGAUGCUCCGAACGGUCAAGAAGGAGAUCGGAGGCGUCGACUUCUGUGCGGUCCCCUCAGACAUUGCGAAUGUUCUUAGUGAACGACAUCAGAAACAGGGUGGUUUGUCGGUUGCACCGUUGUCCGAGACUUUCCAACAAUCGAAGACAAAGAUCGAGUCGAGCGGUGUCAAAGGAAUCAUUCUCUGUCUCAACAAGACCUCCGUCGAUGAGAUUCAACGUACUCUGGACGCCUCGAGAGAAGUCUGGCACGCCGGGAGACUCGAUGAUGUCAGAUACGCCACCUACAUUGUUCAGGCACUCGGAAUGGAGGGAUACGGAGAGAAUGUGCCGGCGCACGUAGCGACUAUUGAGGGGAUGCUCCGCAACUUUGGGUUCCCGGUGCGUGCUCUUCUCAAGACCUUCAAGAUCACUAAAGAAGAGAUUCGGAAGAUCAACGAGGGACUCGACGCGUUCCGCAAUUUGAUAGAAUUCUACGAUCGGAGAGAGACGAUGCGCAUGUGGAACACGGAUCUGAGUCUGCAGUUCAAGUACAUCCAGUUGGCCGAUGUGCACGAGGUCAAACGGCAGUGGGACACCGUCUACGAUUCCUUCAACACUUACCUGGACGGCCUCUCAAACAUCGAGUACCGAUUGUACACUGCGCACAACGACUCCCUCCUCGAACACAUCAAGAUCCUGGAAAUCGCUGCGAAUUUGUCGUUGCCGUUCUUUCAAACCGACAAACUGUUCGAUCAACAAGCGUUCGGAGAACUUUCCGCGUUGCACUGGUUCGUUGGAUUCCAGAAUGGACACACGAAACAUCAGUUGAAGCUGAAGAGAAUGAUUCCGGUACUGAGGAAGGUGCACAAAUGGCUCCAUAACAAAUUCACGGCGGAAGAAGACGUGGCGGAGGAGGUGGACGAGUGGGAACGGGCCAAUUGUUGGUGUGAUGAGGUUUGGAAACUCUUUUUACAGACUCAAAAAUCCCCUUUGUCUUCCAGAACAUGACACCCGAUCACAUUUGCUUCUCGAAAUGCGACACCACUUGGAUCGACGAAAAGCUUGCGAAAGAGGAUGCGGAACAACGAGAGUUUGGUGAAAAACUGUUAGUAUUUCUGAUAGCCUACCUAAAAACACUAGUUUCCAGACACUUCUGGCUUACAAUCGUCUGCGGAGUCGUCUCCAUUCACAUCGCCUACCUCAUCGCUCGAAUCGCCCAGUUGCUCACCGAAGACGAUCGACCACUUCAGGAAGUGCAUCCUCACUGA